AAGUCUCUGCUCCGUUCACUCUUCCACCGCUACCCGGUCGCCCCGAAAAGAACCUCGCCGCCACCCAGAGCAGUCCGGAUCACAAGCCUCAGACCCGAUUGGCUGCGACGCACAACCCCCAGGACGCUGAUUGCAGGUGUGGUGAUGGCUUCAUAUCAGCUCUGGUCUCCAUGGACAUCAUUGGAUGAGAGCUUGCAAUGGAUUAGACGUGCCACUCCUAGACCCUGCAGCAGACAUCCCCUCCCAGCACAUACUCUAUAUGUGAACAGCUAUGAGUUAUGGAUGAAGCCAGGGCGAAAAGGUGCAGCGGCUGACAGAGAUCGAUACACGGGAAUCAUAGCACCUCAGCCACUUCCUCUCCGGGGCCUCGAUGUUGUCUUUGGCAGAUUCCUCACUGCUCAGCCUCCCAUGCGGUGCAGCUCUCUCUGCAUAUCUGAUAACUCAGCAUUUUUAAGAGUCAUCAGCAGUGAACAGGAACAACUGCCUUUAGGAUUCAAGGAAACUAACAUAACAAGAGCCAUCCACAUAUAUAAACAGCUGUUGUUUGCCAUCCUCCUACUCUAUACAAUUCACACAAAUUGUGCCUUUAAAAUACAUCACUCUUAAGGUAUAACUCUAAUUAAAAUAUCAGCUGUGAAGCCCCUUGCUUGUGUCUAAACAUA